AGGAAAAGAAGAAUAUAUUGCAACAUUCAAGGGAUCAGAAUACUUCUGCUAUGAUUUAUCUCAGAACCCCAUACAGAGUAGCAGUGAUGAAAUAACUCUGUCAUUUAAAACUCUUCAGAGGAACGGACUGAUGCUUCACACAGGAAAAUCGGCUGAUUAUGUCAAUCUUGCACUGAAAAACGGAGCUGUCUCCUUGGUCAUUAAUUUGGGCUCAGGAGCCUUUGAAGCACUGGUGGAACCUGUGAAUGGGAAAUUUAAUGACAAUGCCUGGCAUGAUGUGAAAGUAACCAGGAAUCUGCGUCAGGUGACAAUAUCAGUGGAUGGAAUUCUGACCACAACGGGAUACACGCAAGAAGACUACACCAUGCUGGGCUCUGAUGACUUUUUCUAUGUUGGAGGCAGUCCUAGCACAGCAGACCUCCCAGGGUCACCAGUCAGUAACAACUUUAUGGGCUGUCUCAAAGAGGUUGUAUAUAAAAAUAACGAUGUCAGGUUGGAGUUAUCUCGACUUGCCAAGCAAGGAGACCCUAAAAUGAAGAUUCAUGGGGUUGUAGCAUUUAAAUGUGAGAAUGUUGCAACCUUAGAUCCAAUAACAUUUGAAACACCAGAGUCUUUCAUCUCUUUGCCAAAGUGGAAUGCCAAGAAAACAGGUUCAAUAUCAUUUGACUUUCGUACAACUGAGCCAAAUGGCCUGAUUCUUUUCAGCCAUGGAAAACCAAGGCACCAAAAAGAUGCCAAACAUCCACAGAUGGUGAAGGUUGACUUUUUUGCCAUUGAGAUGCUUGAUGGUCACCUCUACCUGCUGCUAGACAUGGGAUCAGGUACUAUAAAAAUAAAAGCCUUGCAGAAGAAGGUGAAUGAUGGUGAAUGGUACCAUGUGGAUUUUCAACGGGAUGGACGGUCAGGAACCAUAUCUGUGAACACAUUACGUACACCAUAUACUGCACCAGGAGAAAGUGAAAUCCUUGACCUGGAUGAUGACUUGUAUCUUGGAGGCUUACCAGAAAAUAAAGCAGGCCUUGUCUUCCCAACAGAGGUGUGGACAGCACUUCUCAAUUAUGGAUACGUCGGCUGCAUUAGAGAUUUAUUUAUUGAUGGUCAAAGCAAAGAUAUCCGACAGAUGGCUGAAAUUCAAAGUACAGCUGGAGUAAAACCCUCCUGCUCAAGAGAAACUGCGAAACCUUGCCUUAGCAACCCCUGUAAAAACAAUGGUGUAUGCAGGGAUGGGUGGAACAGAUAUGUUUGUGAUUGCUCUGGUACAGGGUACCUUGGCAGAUCGUGCGAAAGAGAAGCAACAAUUUUAAGCUAUGAUGGAAGCAUGUUUAUGAAAAUACAGCUCCCUGUUGUGAUGCAUACAGAGGCUGAAGAUGUUUCUUUACGGUUCAGGUCUCAGCGAGCUUAUGGCAUUUUAAUGGCAACUACUUCUAGGGAAUCUGCAGAUACCCUUCGUUUAGAGUUGGAUGCAGGACGAGUUAAACUAACGGUGAACCUAG